AUGUCUCUAAAUGGCAGCGUAAUGUUCGAGAAACGCCCUCCAAAACUAAUAUACUUGAUGGAGAAUCACUACGCCUUCGAUCAAGAAGAUGUCAGUGUCACCGAAGAGCAAUUAGAUCGUUUACCUCGACAGCUGAUUGUUCGACGAUUCGACUUAUUCUGCUUUUGUUUUGCAAUGAUCACAUACACUUUCGAUGUUAUCAGCGACGUCACUACCGCAAUUUUUCAUUAUUAUGAUGGCAGGAUGAUUGCAUGCUUGUUCAUCCUUCUCUUGUCGCUGGUGCCAUCCAUCGUUUUAAAUGCGGUCUCCUUUGCAUGGAUCGUUGACGACAGUCGUCUUAAGACAAAGUCGAGAGGAAAAUCAAAUAACGACGUGAUGAAAUGUGAAACUUACGGCAAUCACGGUCUACUAUGCAUUCUUCAGAUCGGUCCUUUAUGGUGGUUCUACAAGGCGCUCGUACAUGGUAUUCGUUUUCGGCUUGAAUCCGACCCUAUAAAACGACGCAAGCACUUCUGUCGAAUGAUUGAAGCCGAAAAAGACGCGACGAUGUUGCGAUUUUUCGAGAGCUUCCUGGAGUCCGCUCCUCAGCUGAUCAUCCAAGGCAAUAUACUUUCAGAGUUUCUGAGAUGGCAUUUGAACGAGACAAGCAGCAUACUGAACCUUCCGUGUUGGAGUAGGUUACGGUUAUGA